UCUGAAAGUGAUUACUCUUUGACUGAAACCCUAAUUGGGAACAAAGGGUUUCUACAUUUCUCUUAUCGGAAAGCUUCACAGCCGUUGCAUCUGAAAUAAUGAUCACCGGAAUACUCCGCAGAUCUUCGCUGCCGUCGAGACGGACUCUCUCCGCCGCACUAACCUCCAUUGAUUCGUGUCUUUCCCACUCUUUCACUUCAGCCGCCACCGGAAUCUCCGUGGAGCGUAAUCUGAUCGGAAUUGGAUCUAAUGUCUCCGGCGACUUCAUCUCUGGAUUUGCUCCCGCAUCGUCUCCGAACUCGAUUGGUAUUAGAGCGAGGGACUUUCACAUUAGAUCUGAGCCGGCGAUGGUUUUCCCCGCGAGAAUCGCGUUUCAAGGCUACGCCACGGAGCGUGAGAGUAGCGUCGGAGAUUCAAAGAGUGUUUCUAAGAUCAGAAUUUCUCCAAAAAAUGCCAAACAGUCGAGUAAGAAGGUGAUUGCUCCUCAGAAAGAAGGAGAAGAAAGCACAUCAAAGAUCAAAGGAACCAGGAUCUGCAUAGCGAUUCGGUCUUUCGAUAACCCUGAAAAGCAAGCUUGGUGUCUUCCUCCUCACUCUCGUAAAGUCGCAAUGCCAGACACGAGAGUCUUGUACACCGUGCUACGAUCGCCUCACGUCGACAAGAAGUCGAGAGAGCAGUUCGAGAUGAGGUUCAAGAAACGGUUUCUUGUCAUCAGAGCUCAGAGCCACGAGCUGAGCAAGAAGCUCUUCUGGUUAAAACGUUACCGUAUUCUCGGAGCUCAAUACGAACUCCAGUUCCAUUGCAAGACACGUUUGGACAUGGCUCCUGUGUUAGGCAACAUCAAUGGCUCCAGUAUUGGUCAAUGAGAAUUUAACAGGAAAGCUACAGUGUUGGUUUUUUUUUUUACCCGAUCCUGCAAUAAUGAUUCAAGAAUUCAGCAACUUGUAGCUUUUUUUUGUUCUUAUGUAGUAAACAUGUUUGUUUUUUUGGGACGACUCUCAAAGACAUGGUUUUAGAUUGAGUUCUAGUGGCAAAAAGCUUCAAAUUUAGGCCAUUUGAUUCAUUGUAUGGGUUUCAUCAUAGUCUAGACAGUCGGAGACGUUUGAUGUAUCUAAACCAGAGUCAGAUUCAUUACCGAUCAGCUUA